UCCUAGAUGGAGGUUUAGACAGAUGGAUCUCAAAGAUGGAACUCAGAGAGCACACGCUUGAAUUUUCUUUACAGUGUUAUACUAUUUCAGUACAGUUUUAGAUGAGAUUUUUUUUUCUUUCACAAAACCCACCUAAGCAGUAUAUUGACCCCAGAGGUCCGAAGGGUGUGAUGAAGAAGAGUCACAGACUUGGUACCACAGGCACCGGACAAGGGACCGGUGCUGGCAGUUCUGGGGACUGUAAACGAUGGAUGGUCACUCUGAGUCUCUGCGUCUCCUUUUUUGGACUGGGAAUGGCCGUCUCUGUGCUGGGGCCCACUCUCGGAGACCUGGCCACCAACGUGGAGCAGAAUAUCAGCAACAUCUCCUACAUCUUCGUGGGGCGUUCCGGAGGCUAUAUGUUAGGCUCCAUGUUGGCGGGGAUCCUCUUUGACAUCAUUAACCACCAACUCUUGCUGGGGUUUUCCAUGGCACUCACAGCGUUCGGCAUGCUGACGGUCCCCUUCUGUAAGACGGCCCCGCUGCUUGCUGUCUUGAUGUCCACCGUGGGUGUUUCUAUGGGGUCUUUAGACACAGGUGGGAAUGUCGUCAUCCUGAACACCUGGGAAGCCCGUUCUGGACCUCACCUACAGGCGCUGCACUUCAGCUUCGCCGCGGGGGCCUUCGUGGCGCCCAUCGUGGCUAAGCUGCUGUUCGGAGAUGACGAGCGUCCGGGCCAGACGGACGGCCUGGGGAUCUGGGACGGCCAGGGCAGCACCCCGUCCGCUGCGGAGCUGACCCCGGCCUUCACAGCAGAGGCACUCGAAGCUUCGGACUCCAUGCCGGAGUCCAUGUGGGCAUACUUUGUGAUCGGCGCCUUCUGCUUGCUGGUCUCUCUCCUCUUCUUCAUCCAUUUUUACCAGAACAAGCUGUCACGCGGCACGGUGCAGGCCACCCCAGAGAAGGCACUGGUGGUCAGACAUCACAACGCUCUUGUCCUCCUCCUGUUCUUCUUCUUCUUCUGGUACGUGGGAGCUGAGGUGGCCUACGGAUCCUUCAUAUUCACCUUCGCAAAGGACCACGCCGGUAUGACCGAGCCACAAGCGGCUGGGCUCAACUCGCUCUUCUGGGGCACCUUUGCCGCCACGCGGGGGCUGGCCAUCUUCUUAUCGGCCUGCAUGGGGCCGGCCUGCAUGAUCCUGCUGAGCCUGGUGGGUUGUGCCCUGUCCUCCCUGCUGCUCAGCAUCUUCUCCCGAAACGGCGCCGCGCUGUGGUCCUGCACGGCCAUCUACGGCGCCUCCAUGGCCACCACCUUCCCCAGCGGCAUCUCCUGGGUGGAGCAGUACACCAGAGUGACUGGCCGGUCUGCCGCCAUCUUUGUGGUGGGAGCGGCGCUGGGCGAGAUGGUGCUGCCGGCAGUCGUCGGGCUUCUCCUGGGGACAGCUCAGGGAGUGCCUGUGCUGAUGUACCUGUGUCUGGGCACAGCCGUGAUCACCUCCAUCCUCUUCCUCAUCAUGUACAAGCUGGCUACUUCACGCAGCGGGUCUGGCAGGAAGAACCAGACAGUGGAUGACAGUGAGCACAUCAAGGCCCUGAAGGAGACAGGGAUCAAUACAGAUAAAGAGGAAGGAGAGGAGGAAGAGGAGGGGGAGGGCGAGACGUUAUGACUCCGCAACAUGAAAGUAAACUCUGAUAUUUUUCGCAGCUGUUGUUGCGACCUCGAAGGACACCCCAGCCUCAGUGAGAUCUUCGAUAUCUGAGGAGACUCACCUAGGGAGGGAACCACCCGCUGAUUCACAGCAAGAGAGUCUGGCUGUCUGUCGUUACGCAAGUAUUUUUUUUUUUUUCCUGAACUUUAAAUCAUGUUCAAAGGCACAAUUACUUUGUGCCCAAAAGGACUCAAGCUGGUGCACAUGAAA